GGCAUCUCGGCACCGCCCAGAAAACAAUUACCAUGUGACAGCCUCGAGAGCCCACUACACAGGCUCAGACGAGUUUUCUACGAAAGCACUGACGAUUUUGUAGAGAGCAAAUGAUAAACCGGAACCCUUAGACAAACGUCACCCCAAGCCUAAGUAGCGUUAGGAUACGCAGAAAAGUAGGGGGUGGGCCUUGGGUUUGCCUUCUGUUUACCUAACCACGGUGGAUUUUUUGGCUCUGCCCACAGUAUCAAAAAAUAAAAUUAUGCACACAUGCACGUGGGUUAAAACUAGUAAUAAACGUUAAUAAAAAUGUAGCGCAUUUCUAAGACUGCAGGUCAUCAUAUUUACAGAAAGCUUUAAGCAUGAAUCGUGUUUUAAUACUGCACAUUACUUAGUUUUUAGCUCUAGGGAGAUAAAUUAUUGUAGCAUAUGCGUAUUUUUCCCUAGAAAUGACAAGUUCCGGUAAGCGCGCGACUCUUUCUUGACGCGGGGCAAUAAUCAGUACAUGGGAAAGUAAUCGGACAGGUGUGGGUUGAUUUUCAUUAUGCAUGUUUGUACUCAGUCGCAGUGAAAGCUUGAUGCUGGGCAAUAGUACUUGGGGAAAGUAAGUGAACGGUUGUGGGUUGAGAAAAUUCAUUAUGGGUUCUUGUACUCAGUCACAGUGAACCGGUAAAAUACAUAAUCAGUGUAAAUGCUAAUUUAUCUCGUGCCUCGAAAGUAAGAAGAGCGUCUCUGGUUUUAUUAACAGGUUCUUUCGUGUAACUCUUCCCCAUAGCUACUACGUAUAUCGUCGCGCCUAUAUUUUAAUAAAAACUGUAGACGUUAAAAUGCAUAAGGUCUGUUAACUCGUUCUGAUGUUAGAGAACAUCUCAACUAAUAGAAACGUUUUGCAAUUGGUGAUUAAAAACGGUUGCAAAAUAAAUUUUCUGUAGAGUGGCAUUUUGUAGUGCUCAUUUGCAAGGGAUGGACUGGGAUCAGUUGGAUUUAAACCGGAAAGUCACAGCAGCGAUUAAAAGAGCACUUCACAUAUAUCAAGGAACAUGCCCCUUCCCAACACAGAACCAAAGGCUGAGCCUGGGAUGCCCUGUCUUGAACAGCUUUCUAAAGGGUGGAAUACCAUUGAUGGGGGUUACUGAACUUUCUGGAGAAAGUGCUGCGGGGAAGACGCAGUUAUCUAUGCAGCUUUGUUUAUCUGUGCAGUAUCCAUGCAAGUAUGGUGGCCUAGAAGGAGGAGCAGUGUAUGUUUGCACAGAGGACGCAUUCCCAAAUAAGCGUUUACAGCAGCUGAUUUCUCAGCAGCAUAAGCUCAGAUCAGAUGUUCCAAGCAAUGUCCUCAAGAAAAUCAACUUUGGAGAUAGUAUCUUUAUUGAACAUGCAGCUGAUGUGGAAGCUCUAGAUGAAUGCAUUGCUAAAAGGAUUCCAAUACUUCUGUUACGAGGCCUGGUCCGUUUAGUUGUCAUUGACUCGAUUGCAGCAUUGUUCCGCUGUGAAUUUGAAGCAAAAAGCUCGUUUGCAAAAGCCAAGCAUUUGCAGAAGUUUGGAGGUGCACUUGUUAGUCUCAGUAAUAGAUAUGUGGUCCCCAUUCUCUGCAUCAACCAGGUAACAGAUGCAAUUGACCCAUCUGAUUCUGCUCAGAAUAAUUUUGGGUUAUUAGAUAAAAAGGUGAUGCCGUCUUUGGGAAUGGUCUGGUCCAAUCAGCUGCUAAUGAGAUUGAUGAUUAGCAGGACUCCAUUCAAACUACAGGACAAGUUUCCAAAAGCAGUAGACCAAACCUUGCAGAGUGGAAGCAUUUUACGAAUCAUUGAAGUUGUUUUUGCUCCCCACCUUCCUCAGUCAUUUUGCUACUAUACUGUUGAACAAGAAGGAGUUAGGGGAUGGAAAGUUGACUGACAGGUGAUUGAGAAAGGUGUCUUGCUGUUCCAUUUUCAGUAAAAGGAGUCAAAGAAGUUGCCUACUAUAGAUCCCAUUAAAGAAGCUGAGGAACAGUUUUUAAUAUAAUCAUUUUAGGUAUACAGUUACAUCACUGAGGACUGAGAAGCCAAAUCUGCAAAGAAAAAGAAGAGACUAAACUUUGUUUUGAUUUCUGCGAGAAUGUUCAUUUCAGCAGUGCGGUAAUGCACUAUAUGUAAUUUCUUCCAGCUUUGUUUUUAAUACUUAUUUUGUAAAGUAUACCUAUUGAUUGAGCACUAUUUAAUAUUGUAUUAAAAGAAAGUGUGAUUGAUUUUAAGAAUGUGUCACAUUCAUGUAUACAGCACAGACUUAGAAUGUAUUUCUGUUUUAAAAUAUACCUGCAUUACAUUAUUUACAUCUGCUAAUAAAUCUUAUUGGUCUUCA